CUUCCUGAGAAGCUUUGCGCAGAGAAGCAGAGGUAGUCCCGUUAAAGACCUCAGACCCGGGUCAGGACCCUGCAGUAUAGGCUACACAGGAGCGACCCACAGAAGGAGGAUUCAGAGUCCGGAUCAGACUCUCCGUGAAAGUGGACUACAGAGACCAGCAGCAGCGUUUCCCACGGUCUGAUCUCCCCAGCAGGACGGUUGUUGGUGUGUGUGUGUGUGUGUUGCUCAGUUUUACAGCAACAGGUCGAGGAUCAGCUGCAACAUGCCGAGUAAGAGCCAGUACCUGCGCCCCCGGCUCUGCAAGCUGGAGAAGGGCGACAACGGCUACGGCUUCCACCUGCACGGGGAGAAAGGUAAGACCGGACAGUUCAUCCGGUUGGUGGAGCCGGACAGCCCGGCGGAGGUGGCGGGGCUCCGCGCUGGAGACCGGCUGGUGUUCGUGAACGCGGAGGACGUGGAGAACGAGAGCCACCAGCAGGUCGUGUCCCGGAUCAGAGCCACCGUGGGCUGGCUGGAGCUCAUCGUGGUGGACCCGGACACCGAGCAGCUGCUGAAGAAACACAACAUGAAGUGUCUGAAGGAGUACGUUACCGAGGGAGUCCCGUUACCCCUCGAUGAGGAGGAGGAGGGGGAGGAGGGAGAGGUGGAGGUGGUGGUGGUGGAGGAGGAUGUGGAGGUGAACGGGACAGAGAUAGAAGAUGAGCAGCUCGAGAAGAAGAACGAUGUGGAGGAGGAAGAGGAGGAGGAGGAGGAGGAGCAGGAGGGGACACCCAGAGAGGCGACCCCGGUCCCGGAGAGCAACGGAGGACUUCACGAACACGUGGAGAAAAAGCUGAGCAUCGAGUCAGAGAAGGAGGAGAGCCCCGAGCUGCGGCCUCGUCUCUGCGUGAUCCAGCGGGGGUCCAACGGGUAUGGCUUCAACCUGCACAGCGAGCGGGCACGGCCGGGUCAGUACAUCCGAGCUGUGGAUGAAGACUCUCCAGCAGAGCGGGCCGGCCUGCUGCCCGCAGACAGGAUAGUUCAGGUGAACGGUGCGUCGGUGGAAGGAAAGACGCAUUCAGAAGUCGUAGCGGCAAUUAAAGUGGGCGGGAACGUGGUCCGUCUGCUGGUGGUGGACCCUGACACAGAUGCCUUCUUCAAGAGAUGCCGGGUGACCCCUGCCUCAGACCACCUGACGGGUCCGCUGCCUGAACCAGUCGUCAACGGAGGGAUGGAGGAGAAGGUGAACGGUCGAGGGGCCAAAGAGGCGGAGAGAGACUCUAAGUUGUCCGUCAGUCCGUCUCCAUCCAACGCUUCGUCCAACGCCUCGUUCACGACCCCGCCCACAAACACCCCGCCGGAGGGUUUGAUCGCAGACGCCAUCCCGGCUCUGAACCUGUCGCUGCAGCAGGUCAAAGAGCUCGCCCACCAGAAACGCUCCAACAAGAGAGCCCCGCCCAUGGACUGGACCAAGAAGAACGAACUCUUCAGCAACCUAUAGGACACCUCAGCUCACACACACACACACACACACACACACACACACACACACACACACACACACACACACACAAACAAAGACACACACACUCAUGUUUUAUAGCCUUCCCUCCAUCAGAAAGACUUUUUUUUAUAGUCGUGACACUAAAACAGCGUUUUCACUUUCGGCCGCAGAAAGAAUCGAAGCCAUUCUGUAAAAUAAGUCUUCUUUAUUUUACUCCUCAUUUUAUUUUUAACUCAGAUAUUUUACUGUUUAUGUUCAAUGUGCUACUAACAAGAGCGAGAGUCAGCCAAUGACGGAGAAGUGGACCAGGUGUGUGUGUGUGUGUGUGUGUGUGUGUGUGUGUGUGUGUGUGUGUGUGUGUGUGUGUGUGUGUGUGUGUGUGUGUGUGUGUGUGUGUGUGUGUGUGUGUGUGUGUGUGUGUGUGUGUGUGUGUGUGUGUGUGUGUGUGUGUGUGUGUGUGUGUGUGUGUGUGUGUGUGUGUGUGUGUGUGGACCCUGACAGGCCCUGCUGUGGAAACAUGGAGGACUUUAAUGAACCCUCUUCUCCCUCUCUUUAUUUUAACAUUUAAAACUUUAUGAUGUCUCUAAAACAACGAGAAGAAGAAGAUAAACCAGCCUGACAAUCAGCCAUCGUUUAGUCUGAAUGUUGUUGUUGUUGUUGUUGUUGACGUUAAAGUUAUAUUCACUCUAAGGUCAUGUACCUCAUCAACAGCAGGUUAAACAGGACUCAGUUGGAGCUUUCAAUUCUUAUUUUAUUGUUAUCUGUGAUCAAGACUUCAUGAUCCGUCAUAAACUUAAUCUAAGUGUUGUUCUCCUGAGAUAAUGAAAUAAUAAAUCUGUGAUCUGAAGAUGGAGGCAGUCAGAGGAACUGCACGCUCGGCCGUUCUGUGCACAUCAAAGCUAUUUCUCUUUUAAAGAUUUUUUUUUUUUUAGGCUUUUAAUGGCUUUAUUUUUCAAGACAGGAUAGUGGACAGAGUCAGAAAUCAGGAGGAGGGAGAGCGGGGGAUGAAAUGCGGGAAAAGAACCACAGGACGGAUUUGAACCUGUGCCGCCCGCUUGGAGGACCACAGCCUCCGUACAUGGGGCGCGCACACUAACCACUAGGCUACCGGCGCCCCAUGUCAGAGUUAUUUCUGUGAUAUUUCAAAUCGUUUCUGAUCCCCAGAGCAGCGUCUUUGCUUUCCUUAACAACAUGACAUCUUUGAAACAUCUCUGUUGGCUUUAAACUGGAAAGAACUGUGUAUAAAAUGGAUUCUCCUUUAUUGUAUAUAUCAUAUGUCAUGUAUAUUUUUACUCUCCACUCUGUAAUGAAUCCCCCCCCCCCCCCCCCCACUAUUUACCUUCACCUCGUUUCAACACAAGAUAUCAACUCUUCUUAAAUGUGAACUUCAGUCUAUAAGACAUAAUUUAUACCGUCCUCCUCGUGUUUCCACGCUCUCUGUGACGACCCUACAGAAUAUUUUUAUUGCUCCUGUGAGAUUUUUACACAUUUCUAUCGACGUCUUAAAAAACGUGUUAAAGAUUCUUUGAGGUUAUGAAACUCUGCUUCUCUAGCCUUCAUGCAUUCGUCAAGGAAUAGUGACUUUUUUUUUCAAGAUGAAUGAAGUAUUUGAAAUGUUUUUUUUUAGCUUGUGUAAGCAGUAAGACAUUUUCUAUACUGUAAUAAAACCUCUCAACAAUA